CUACUGCAUGGAGUGAUGGAGGGGGGUCCUCCCCACCCACAUUUUGGCUCCUGGCAUGUUUUCCACCCCGGCGUUGCUGAGGACACCGGCCAUCAGCUGCCAGCAUCAGUGUGGGGACCUCGGAGGCAGCAAGGGGGACGUAGACCCCGACCCUUCCCAGGGGAGCAAACCCGCUCCCUCUCUCUCCUGGUCUCCCUGGUCCCCCCGCGCUGGCUCAUCCGUGGGGGAGCUGCGUGUGGGUCCCCCGGUGGUAUCCACGGCGAUGGGAGGCUGUCCCCCCGCCGCCCCCUCCCCUUCGCCGCCGCAGCCCGAGCAGCCGCAAGCGGCGCGGCGGCACCGCGGCAGCGGCUCCGCGGCAGCGGCACCGGGGCUCGGGACCGGGCGGGGGGAACCGGGGAAGGGACGGGGGCAAAACUGUCCCCCACCCCCGGCGGCAGCCCCCGCGCCCCAGCGAUGCAGCCCCCGGAGCCGGGUCGGGCCGGCGGAGGCCCUUCCAGUGGCACCUGGUGGCCAAACGGCACCACAAGCUACAGUCACCUCCUGAGGGAGAACUACACCUUCCUGGCCUACUACCAGCAUUCCUCCCCGGUGGCCCUCAUGUUCAUCCUGGCCUACACCUUCAUCUUCCUCAUGUGCAUGGUCGGCAACAUCCUGGUGUGCUUCGUCGUGGUGAAGAACCGCCAGAUGCGGACGGUCACCAACAUGUUCCUCCUCAACCUGGCCAUCAGCGACCUGCUGGUGGGCAUCUUCUGCAUGCCCACCACCUUGGUGGACAACCUCAUCACAGGUUGGCCCUUUGACAACACCAUGUGCAAAAUGAGUGGCCUGGUGCAGGGCAUGUCCGUCUCCGCCUCCGUUUUCACACUGGUGGCCAUCGCCGUGGAGAGGUUUCGCUGCAUCGUCCACCCGUUCCGGCAGAAGCUGACGCUGAGGAAAGCCCUGCUGACCAUCGCCAUCAUCUGGGUGCUGGCCCUGCUCAUCAUGUGCCCCGCUGCCAUCACCCUGACUGUCACCAGGGAGGAGCACCACUUCAUGGUGGACACCUACAACAACUCCUACCCUCUCUACUCCUGUUGGGAGGCCUGGCCCGAGACGGGCAUGAGGAGGAUCUACACAACCGUCCUCUUCUCCCACAUCUACGUGGCCCCACUCGCCCUCAUCGUCGUCAUGUACGCCCGCAUCGCCUUCAAGCUCUUCAAGUCGGUGGCGCCUGCCCAUGGCCGGGAGGAGCCGGAGGGAAGGAGGAUCUCCCGCAGGAAGGCCAAGGUCAUCAACAUGCUCAUCAUUGUUGCACUCUUCUUCACCAUCUCCUGGCUGCCCCUCUGGACGCUGUUGCUGCUGACGGACUAUGGGUGGCUGAGCGAGGGCCAGCUCCACCUGGUCAUCGUCUACGUGUACCCCUUCGCCCACUGGCUGGCCUUCUUCAACAGCAGCGCCAACCCCAUCAUCUACGGCUACUUCAACGAGAACUUCCGAAGAGCCUUCCAGGAGGUCUUCAGGAACCCCCUCUGCUUGCUCCGGUGCCGCCACCGCAGGCCCUACACCCCCCGGAGCCACGGCCACGGGACCUUCCUCGGCACCCGCAACCGCGUCUUCACCCAGGCACGGACCAGCGACUCGCCCCCCGUGUCCGAGUCGGGGCCGCUGGCCCUGCGCCGCGCUGGGGCCCCCGCCUGGGACGGCUGAGGGGCCUCUGGACUGAGGGCUUGUGGGUUGGGGAGCGGGGAUUUGGCACCUCAUGGGCCACAGGUCACCGAAAUAAAGGCACGUCCCACCGAU